AAGCGAACGGGGAGAGAGAGAGAGAGAGAGAGAGAAGAGAAGAGGGGUAAAAAAGGUAGAGAGAUCUCAGUUUCCUGUCCCGGCGGGGAGAAUGUCUGAUCCGGUCGCUGUGCCUGUGCAUGGUGGAUGCCAAGCCAAGCGGCCUGAGACUGAAGCGAGAGGCGUGAUGAAAACUCUCGGCUCUUACGCCCACACCGCUCUGCUCUCCGAGUAAAACAAGCAGUGAGCCAGGCGAGCCAACGAGCAAGAGCUCAACUUUAGAUAAUUCUUGGCCCGUGUCGUUACAGUUUGAAGCUUUCUGGAGGGAGCAGAGCUCGGUAUCAGCUGAGAGCCUGAGAGAGUGAGAGAGAAGGGGGAGUUGAGGUUUCCGUUUCUCUCUAGAAAAUUAAGUUUUGCAGCUUCCAGGGUGUGCUCUGUGCUUUGGUUAAUUUCUUGGUGGGAGGUGUCAAGUGCGUGAGCCGCUGCCUGCUUGAGGUGUUUUUCUGUUGUUUCUGUCCUGGUUCUUCGUCAGGUUCAGGCACUUCCCUUUAAAGUUCUAAGCCAGUACACUUCCCCUUUCAACUUCUACGCCAGUACGCCACUCUGUUUUGGAUAGGUUCUCUCCUCUACUGCACUGCACUGACUUGGGCAAACUGUUUUUUCAUCUUCUUGCGGGAAUUUCUGUGGGCAAAGAUCAGUUGCCAUGCAGAAGUUGAAGCUCCUUCGAUGCCCAAGUUCCUCGCUUCUAGUAUCCUCCUUGAUUUCCAUGGAGGGAGACUGUAGGGGGUGAGUGAGAUGUGCAAGUAGAAAGCAAAAAUUGCAUCUUGAACCAAGUUAUUUCCUUUGAUCCUGAGCAUUGAGCAUUUUUUCCCUAUCUGCCCAAGGAAUUUUUGUUUUUUGCUAGCAAGUCUGGUUCUUGUUUCCAUGGAGCAAGGAGGUGGGAUGAUGAGCAGGAACCCUACCAAAACCCUGCCGCUCCUGGCCACCCUUCUCCUCGUGCUCGCCUUCCUCUCCAUGUGCCCGGCAGCCUCCUCCCAGCCCCAGCCGCUCCACUCGGAGCCCAUGGCCACCCAGUCUCCGCCACCCUCUCCCCCACCUCCGCCUCCGCCGCAAUCCAAGAUUCCCCGUGCGCAAGCCGGCGGCGCCGCCCGCCUCCGCCGCAUCGCGCUCGGCGUCCUCUUCGGCUCCCUCGCCGGCUUCCUCCUCGCCCUCGCCUUCCUCUACGCCAUCCGCGUCGCCAUCCUCCACGCCAAGAACGCGCCCGCGAUCGUCAGGGGGCCCGUCUCCUUCACCCCGCAAAUCUCCCCCAAAAACCUCCAGGCCGCGCUCCCCUCCGCGCAGCCGCUCGCCCAUGGCCCCCAUGGCAAGUACUACAAGCUGGCUCUUGACAAUGACCUCACCGUCGCCGUCAAGCGGCUCGACACAGCCAACCGCCCUGAGGCCUCGCCGUCGGUGUCCCCGAACACAUCCAAGUCUGACAUGAGAAGGGUGCAGAGGCAGCUGGAAGCGCUUGCCCGGGUGAGGCACCACAAUGUGAUGACCUUGAAGGCGUAUGUUCGCGAGCCUGACCGGCUUUCGCUCGUGUACGGCUUCGUUCCUGGGGGCAGUCUAGAGGAUGCGAUGAAGAGGGUGAGGUCGCAGCAGGUCAGCCUCAAUUGGGAUGCGAGGAGCAGGAUUGCUGUUGGGAUCGCCAAGGGAUUGAGGCACUUGCAUUUUGAGUGCAACCCAAGGAUACUCCAUUGCAACCUCAAACCAUCGAAUGUGAUGCUAGACGAAGGUUUUGAACCAAUAUUGGCGGAUUGUGGGGUUGCGAGGCUGAUUGCAGCAGGUUCAGGUGAUCCAGAAUUGUGCAGUGGCCUCUACGCAGCUCCAGAGUGCUACCAAAGCAGCAGGUACACAGAUAAGAGUGAUGUCUAUGGCCUUGGCAUGAUACUUGGCGUGCUGCUCACUGGGAGAGACCCAACAGAUCCAUUUUUCUCAGGAGAAACCGGACGGGGUGGCUUGGCUAGAUGGCUCCGGCAGAUGCAGCAAUCUGCGGAUCCAAAACAAGCACUGGAUAGUAGCCUCCUAGGAGAGGAGGGAGAAGAAGAGGAGAUGCUUAUGGCGAUUAGGGUUGCCAUUAUCUGCCUCUCUGAUUCACCCGCUGAUCGGCCAUCCAGCGACGAACUCGUCGCGAUGCUAACGCAGCUCCACAGCUUGUAGUCAUCAUCAUUGACCAUUUCUUGAGCGUUCUAAUCUCCAUAUGUUCUUCCAUCAUGGCAUGGCGCUGAAUUAUGUCCGAUCAAUGCUUGCUGUACAAGUGAGUGUAACUUCCAGUGUCUUCUGCUGGAGAGUCCAAGCCAAAUGGUCCACACGGGAUCCAACAAAUUCAGAGUCCAAACAAGCAGCUGUUCCCUGUAAUUCAGUUUUGCAGCUACAUGCCGGUGGUUGAGCUUCCUGGAUGUUUUGCCCAUGACUUGGGAGGCCUUAGCGAUGUGAAUAUAUUGUAUCUUUUUAGAAAGUUGUCUCUCUUGGAUCUCUUGCUGCUAUUUAGCUGUAGAGAGAUGUUGUGCAUUGAGACCGAUGAUGUACAUCGGCUCCACCACUUGCCUGUGAAUUGAUGAUGCCUAACAUUUAACAGGCUGUUGGGCCCAAAUGUUUCGAUGA